AUGGACUUCAACCAUUCGCGUACGCCGACUACAGCAACCACCCGGACCCGCCCCCCGCUUCCCCAUGGCCCGCGGAUGCCCAACAACCUUCGAGGACCGAAGUCGACACCAAAGGGCAUCAUCUCGUUCGAUGUCUACAAUCGUGUAGAGGAGGCGACCCCAGCGUACUCCAGCCCCCGCACCUCGACUUGCUCGCCAUCGUCCUCGAGGUUCUCGGUAGACCGUGUCCCUCCACUCGAAUGCGGCUCCUCGGCUCACUCCGCGGUGAGCAAGGGUGUGCAGACAUCUGUGGGAGAGCCUAUAACCCCAGCCACACCAUCUACCGCUUCACCCGUCGUCAAGGUCAUCAAGAAGACUGUAACACUUAAGCCCCCGCCAGCCGUGAACUUUGAGUCCGUCCCGGUGCCGUGGCGGGGAAUGAGCCUGCAAACAGCACAAUGGAGUCUCACAUCGCGACAGCUUCAGGAGAUCGUUUCGACAGCAAUACGGACGUCCGCUCAAGAAUCGUUUAUACGACUCGUCCCCCUUCAAACGCUAGAUGAGCAGCUGACGGCGGAACUCGAGCGUCUGGAGUCGCUCAGGACGACGACACAGGCACAGUAUAGGUUCAACGUGCAGAGGAGGAUGAUGUUGUUACAAUCGCUGAAUGCACUAUCUACCUCUCAAUCCCCCGACGCCGGAGAUCGAGAAGCUAUUGGAAACCUAACCGCGCAGCUGGCUGAGGUAGCAGCAUCCUGCGAUCGGCUCAUGGAAACCCUCUUGAUUCUGUCCGAUCAACGUGCUCAAAUCCAGCGAUUACAGGACGUCCACAUUGCGUCAGCGCUUGCAAUGGCAUUACGCAAACUGAACACUUCAUAUAGUCGACGAGCAUCCGAGCUGGAUCAGGCGAAGAUCAAGAUCGAGGAACUCAAGGCGGAAUUGGAGGAGGCAUGGCAAGUUGCAGAGGAAAUGGCACAGGAAAUGGACGACCUAGACAACUUCGACUUUGGCUACGACGAUGAAGUUCUGGAGACCACGAGCGCAGUUAUUGGAGAGACACGCACCGAGCAAAGCGUGCAGCUUGCUGAAGUGAUGGAGAUUACAGGGACGGCGGUGGCGACGAAGGCUAAAUAUACCAACGCAGCUGACGGGCAGUCGUCGAAUGGCGACCGGGCGGGUCGAGUUACGGCUGCUCGACGGCGGAGCAUUCGUACGUCAAAAGCGAGCUUGCGUCUCCCGAAGACGCCAUCGACCCCUGGGGAACAAUCCACCACGCCCUCCCGAAGGGCGCGGAGCCGUAGUAAGAGCUGUCGUCGCCCAUCCAUGACCGCAGAUGGAAAUGUCCCACAAGUUCCUAUCAUUCGCAUUGAUUCGACGUCCUCUUACAAAGACGACUCGUUCUUGGAGUUGUCGGAGACGCGACCUGCAUCUCCUACUAGCAGCGCCUCCCCACAAUCGCCACCUCCUCUUCCCCAGACGCUGGUCAUCGAUGCCAAGUGGAAGAGAGACACGUUAGAACUCCCUGCACCAUCGCCUAACCCGACUCUGCCCUCGCCUGGCUUUGAUCGCACGAUUAUACCACCGCUGACCCUGCGCGGGUCGAAGGACGAUGCAUUCUAUGCUACCCCGCGGGAACUCGACGUGGCUGCUGGCAGGCGGGUACAGUCUAUGCAGCCGCUCUCUCGAUCAGAUACCCUUCCCGAAAUGCUACUCAGCGCUCUUCGGCGAACCAGAUCCGACUCUCGGAAACUGGGCCGGGCGCUGCAGGAGGUGCAAAAACCAGCUAGAUAUUCUGUUCCCCUGCGUGCCACCAAUGAGGUCGAGCAGCCUGUGCAGGCUAAGGCGUACAAACUUCCGGAACAACCUGCGACAGAAGUUCCCCCCAGCCCGAGUAGUCAAGCUUAA